AAUCAAAUUCAAUGUGAGGAUGGUGCUGUUUAGACGUAAUAGAUUAUUAAACAACAGAAGUUUAAUUUUGCUACGAUUGAAGAAUCACAAUAAAAAUGGAAAUACGUUCCAUGUUAGAUUUGUGUCAAACAAUAAAAGUCCAGAAACCGUACGCGUUCAAUUAUCAAAUGGAUCGACAAUGACGCUAUUAACCGGGAAGUUUGCACGAUUCACAAGUGGAAGCGUUACUGCUACGCUUGGCGACACGUCGAUUAUGACCACUGUAGUUAGGAAAAAUGUACCACUGAAUGAUUCCAUGAUUCCAUUAACUGUAAACUAUAGACAAAAGGCUGCUGCGAUAGGUCGUAUACCAACUAAUUUCCUUCGUAGGGAAAUGGGCCAUACAGACCAAGAAAUUCUCACUAGUAGAAUAAUAGACAGAUCUGUACGUCCUCUGCUUAAACCAGGAUAUUGCUAUGAAACUCAAAUAGUAUGUAAUUUAUUAGCUACUGAUGGCAUCAACGAUUCUGACGUGUUAUCUAUUAAUGCUGCGUCUGCAGCUUUAAGUGUUUCUGAUAUUCCAUGGAACGGGCCUGUAGCAGCUGUAAGAAUCGGUUUCAUUGACAAAAGGCAUGUGAUCAAUCCGACGAAACGUGAACUACAACAUAGCACAUUGAACCUUGUUCUAUCUUGUACAUCGAAAAAUUUAGUCGUCAUGAUCGAGGGAUCGGCGAACGAUAUUUUAGAACCGGAACUUCGAAAGGCGAUCAAACUUGGUGCCAGAGAAUGUCAAAUGAUCAUACAGUCUAUAACAGAAUUACAAAAUAAAUUUGGAAAAACAAAAAUAGAUAUUGACGACAAUGAGAAAUCGGACACGGAGGCAGAGGAGUUCGUAAGAAACUAUGCAGAGACUAAGUUACGCGAUGUCUUUAGUUGUUAUACUCAUGACAAAAUUUCACGAGACAAUGCUAUCGCCGAUGUCAGAAAUGGUAUGAUAGAAAGCCUCACAGGUCGUGACCCGGAAUAUGUUUCGAAUGUUAUGAGAGCCUUCAAUAAGCUUUCAAAACGUAUUUUCCGAACGUUAAUAUUUGAAACGAAUCGAAGAUGCGAUGGUCGCCAGUUGGAUGAUUUGAGAGAUAUAAAGUGUCAAGUUGACCUGUUUCACCCUCUUCACGGUUCUGCCUUUUUCCAAAGAGGACAAACUCAAGUUCUAUGCACGGUGACUCUAGACAGUAUCGAAAGUUCACUUAAAAUGGAUAACAUUUCAAUGCUCACUAGUGGUAUAAAGGAAAAACACUUUUUUCUGCAUUACGACUUUCCACCGUAUGCCGUGAACGAAACCGGUAGAAUUACCGGAAUGGAUCGCAGAGAGGUCGGGCACGGGGCAUUGGCGGAGAAAGGACUGCGUGCAGUCAUACCGAAAGAUUAUCCAUUUGCUAUAAGACUGACGAGUGAAGUAUUAGAAUCGAAUGGUUCGUCUUCUAUGGCAUCCGUUUGCGGUGGUAGUUUAGCAUUAAUGGACGCGGGUAUACCGAUAUCAGCUCCUGUUGCUGGAGUAGCUAUGGGGCUAAUGACAAAUCCUGCCAGUUCAAAUUUAACCGAAGACGAUUAUAAAAUAUUAACUGACAUAUCGGGUAUAGAAGAUUAUCUUGGAGACAUGGACUUUAAGAUAGCGGGUACAAAAAAGGGGUUUACCGCUUUUCAAGCUGACGUAAAAAUACCGGGUGUUCCCCUGAAGGUGAUAAUGAAAAGCAUUGAAGAAGCAAGUACAGCGAAACAUCGAAUUAUCAAUAUAAUGAACGAAGUGAUAUCGUCGCCAAAGAUUGAUAAGAAGGAGAAUAAACCUGUGCUCGAUGUCAUAGAAGUGCCAAUACAUCAAAGGGGAAAGUUUCUCGGUAUUGGAGGCUCGAACUUAAAGAAAAUUUUAUACGAGACUGGAGCCAAUAUAUAUUCGGACGGCGACACCACAUUCUCCAUAUUCGCGCCUAACCAAAAUGCAAUGAACGAAGCGAAAAACAUGAUAAAUGAGAUUCUACGAAAAGACGUGGAACCAACGUUAACGUUCGGCGACAUUUACACGGCGAAAAUAACAGAGAUCCGGGAAACUGGAGUCAUGGUCACGCUGUAUCCCGCUAUGGUACCGACGUUGUUACCCAAUUCCCAGUUAGAUAACCGCAAGAUUCAUCAUCCCAGCGUACUCGGGCUGAACGUGGGGGACGACAUAAAAGUAAAAUAUUUCGGACGAGAUCCGGCGAACGGACGUAUUAGAUUGUCUCGAAAAGUGUUGCAAGAGCCAAUUUCCUCGUCAAAUAAUUUCACCGCUCCCAAAGAGACUGUGGAAGGACAUCAAACACAAAUACGAGAACCCACCCCAGACGUUGACUUACCAAGAUAAUUCUGUCGAAAAGGGAACGAUAGAAGGAUCGCAAGAAUCAAGUGAAGAUACGAAGGAAGGUUGAAUAUUUUGUAGAACAAAGAAACUAUUGUUAAAUAAA